AUGUGUUUAGAAUUCUUGUCAAACGAUGAAAAGGAGACCGUCAAGAAAGCUUUUCCUCAUCUGUUUUUACUCGUUGAUCAACAAGAAGUAUCUUGCAAUGAUCUUCGGCAACAGCUUGAAAAGGACGCUUCGCAGGUGGCCUCUGUGGUUCAAGGUUGUUCGUUUUUGCGAAAGCUUUUCGAUAACGAUCAACAGUAUUAUCGUGUUGUGAAGCAAGUCUCGUUUGUUCUUCCUAAAGCAACCCUCUUACAAGAACUCAGAAUCAGAUUGAUUGACUCUCCUGGUUUUGGUCCGCGCUUUGUGAGCAAUAUAAAUUCUCUUGAAGAACUUUUGAAAGAAAGACAACACUCUCAACAGCAGUUUCUUGAUCAGUUUUCGACAAGACUUUCCGUUGGAUCCAAACAAGACGAGGAAGUGAUUGGUCCCGGCUUAACGAGGAUGGACAUUUCUGGUAGCUUCAUUCAUGAAGUAAAUGAUCAAAAGCAGUGGCAAACAGUUAUUCAAAGCCUGGAGCGUUGUGUGAACAACGAGAGAGAACGAAUGUGUAAAGAAAUGGAAUUUGAAGUUUGGGGCACGAUUUGCGGUGCCGCAUCUUUUCUCCUUAGCCAGGUGGAAAUUCUGAGUAACCCUCAAAAGAAGAAUUAUAAGGAUAUCAAGUCGGUACUCAAAAAAUUGCUGCUACACUACAUGGAGAGUCCACUCCCAGAACCAAGGAUUCAGCAGAAUCAUGAACUGUACAUUCCCAACCGUGUUCCAAAAGAUUGGCAGGAUGCCGUGCAAAUGAAAAUAGUUCAGGAAGGAGAUUUUGUUGUAACCAACAACAUUGAGAGAAAGACACUGUCCAAGCUUGUCUUGAAAGAGCUGCCACCUCCUUUACCAAUUACGUCGGAACAUGAUUAUGAAAUUACCAUCACUUUUAAACGCAAUUCUUCCAGUAAUAACAUGCAGGACAAUGAUGACGUUCAAGCAACCAUUUCAACACUUCCAUCCAUUCCAAAUGUAUUCAAAAAGUUGCUAUCUGUUGAGGAGUUGAAAAUGAAUACUGCAAGAGUCGCUCCAAUAUUCUACAUUGUUCCAUUGGACGACCAUUUAAACGACCAUGUACUGCGUUCGUGCUCUGUAUUGCAACACUUUGCAUCAAACACUGAUAACCACAAUGGCGAUAGGGACAGCACUACUACCUGCAACCGAGAUGGUUACUAUUUCUUUCUUAUUUGCCCAAAUAAGAUAUGGACAACAUUCAAAUCAAAAUAUAUCCAACAUUUAAAGACAUUGUUUGUUCCAAUUCUAAUUGAUACAAACGAUACUUCCUCAACUAUGACACAUGGAAUCCUGUUAUCUGCAACUAUUCUGUGUGCUGUCAAAUUACAGCUCUCAGUGAUCCAUAUUAUUGAAAGAAACAUACCCAAAAUCUAUGAAAUCGACAACACCAAGGAGUACAAACCUUGUGCUUUGGGUAGAGCUCUAAAUUUUCAGGAAUUGAUAUUAUCGCAAGCAAUUAGCAUUGAUUUUGAUAACUUGGAAAAUAUUUACAGGGACAUUAGACACAGAGCAGCAGUCAAGUUAUGUUUGCCUGUCCAAAGAGUAUUUGGUGAAUUCUUUGAACAGGAAUGCAAAAAGACUGUUGAGUUUGUUCAGGAUGUCAGAAUUCAAUUGCAAGAAAUAGAUGAGGCUUGUAAAAUGAAUUUUAAGAAAGAAUUUAUGGAUACCAUUUCCAGUAGCAAUAUUGGAAAAGUGGGAAUGUGGAAUGGACUUACUUCCAUUUGGGGCAACCAGAAAAGUAUCAGCUGCGCUGAAAACUUCGCUGUUGCUUUACAACAUAGCCCAAUAUCUACCUACUACAUUCCGGCAUUCACCAAGACAGAUGGAAUUAUUCUACCAGUCAGCGACGAAGUGAUUUUUAAUCAAAGUGAUGGACAUGAUCACGAGAAUAAGACCAUCCAAGCCAUUUACAGAGGCCAGGACACGGAAAUGACCUCUCUCAAAGCUGCCAUGUUGCAACAUGGAGUUGGAAGUCUCUUGCAAAAAGCGUUCAUCUACAAAAACAAGGAAGAUGAUGUUGUUGAAAACGUGGACGAGAGAGCGGAAGAAGUAGAGGAAGCCAAUGAAACUGGUGACGAAUCAUUAAUUCCUUCUUCACCAAAGAAAAGAAAACAAGCUCCUUCUGUAUCCUCGCAGAGAAGAAAGAAAUAA